AUGGCCACCAACUCUCUCUCCCUUCCCGCCAUUUCCAAUUUCUCUCUCCCGCGAAGGAGAUCCGCUAGGGUCACGCGUUUGUCCCGCACCGACCAAUCGCAGUCUCCGUCUGUCGACGCCAAGCGCCACCUCCUCCGCCUGAUCGCCGACCAGGACCGCGGCCUCAAAACACAGUCCGACACGCAGAGGCUUUCCCAGAUAAUCGAGGCCGUCGAUUCACUGGCUGCCACCAGUCGCGGGAGCGUCACCACCGGAGAAUCGCUUUCAGACACAUGGCGGAUGCUGUGGACCACCGAGAAGGAGCAGCUCUUCAUCGUGAAGAACGCGCCGGUUUUCGGUACUUCCGCUGGCGAUGUUUUGCAGGUUAUCAACGUCGAGCAGAAGACUCUCAACAACGUUAUCACUUUCCCUCCGGACGGUGUGUUUUUUGUUCGGUCGGAGAUUCAGGUCGCUUCAGCUCAAAGAGUCAAUUUUCGAUUUACAAGUGUUGUCCUCCGCGGUAAAGGAUGGGAGUUUCCUCUGCCACCAUUUGGUCAGGGUUGGUUUGAGUCGGUUUAUAUUGAUGAUGAAAUUCGGGUGGUGAAAGAUAUUAGGCAGGACUAUUUAAUUGUCGAGCGUGCUCCUUAUUCCUGGAAAGAAUGA